UCCAGGGACCUGAGAGACAGCACUGCAAAGAAGAGAUGGGAGGGGGGGCCAACACUGGCACUGAUUUAGACCAAACUCUAAAUAUAACGCAACCCACUUUCCAUGCUUCGCUCUCCAAAUACUGACCUUGUUGGAAAGCUGACCUCUCCUCUUGUCAUUCUUUGCAGAGGAGAUAGGACAUAAUGCAAGUAGCAGACAUCUGCUUGCAGCAAGCCAGGUCUGUCACCUGAUGCCUCUUCGGAAGAAUGUGCUGGCACAAGUAAAACAGAGCAGCAAUAUACAACCCCUAUGCCACCUACUUCACAGAAAAGAAAACAGGCUACAGAAUGUUUCCUCGGUGCAGAAAAAGAGGACUCUGCAGAUAAAAACGAAAGUGAAGCAAAGCCAAAGAGAAGAAGAAAGAAGAAAAUUUCUGAUAUUCUUUCAAAAUCAUCUCCCAAACCAGGAGUCCCUGAAGACCUACAGAAACUUCUUAAGGAACAUUUUUGUACUAAACGUUCAGUGAUUGAAUUAGAAGAAUUACAGUUGCCAGAUGCCUGUUUCCUCCCUGCAAAUGACCUCACCCACAGUUUUUCUUCCUACCUGAAAGAAAUCUGCCCCAAAUGGGCGAAGCUCCGUAAAAACCACAUGGAGAAGAAGUCGGUGGUGAUGAUGAUAAUCUGCAGCUCUGCUCUUCGCUGUCUAGAACUCAUCAAGUCAAUGGCAGCAUUCAAAGGAGAUGGCAAGGUGAUGAAGAUGUUUGCAAAACACAUAAAGAUACAAGAGCAGGUGAAGAUGCUGGAGAAGGGGGUCAUCCAUGUGGGUGUUGGGACACCUGGAAGGAUCAAAGCACUCUUAGAGCAAGAUGGUCUUAGCAUGACAUCCUUGAAAUAUGUCAUCUUGGACUGGAAUUGGAGAGAUCAGAAGUUAAGAAGAUUAAUUGACAUCCCUGAGACAAGGAAAGAAACCAUUGAACUUCUGGAAAUGGGACUGAUCAAACUGUGCAGAGAGGGCUCUGUGAAAGUGGGACUCUUUUAGAAAUAAUGUUUGCCCUUGAAUUCAACUCAUCCUUCAGUCUGCCCAAGUUGAGGCUGCUUUUUAAUUCCGAAUGCUUAUAGUAGAAACCCUUUUGUCACCCUUAAUCCUUUUGCAAUAAAGCCAGCUUUUGUAUGGAGUCCUCUACUGAAAUGUUUGCUUAUAAUGAUAUGAAAUCGAAAGUCAACACAGAUCUUUUUUUCACCAGCACAUAAAGUAACUGUUAACUCACAAGAUUCACUCAAAAGUAUAAGCUAGUGGGUAAGAGACCGUGCCAUGGGGAAUCUCAUUUCAGCAACAAGCUCACUAGGAAUCCUUCAAUGAGCCUCCUGGCCAGUUUGGGUGAUCAUAUCUCAGCUUAAUAGGCUGCAGUUUAGAAAUAAUAGUACCAGCUUGCUUUAAAGAGCAGUUGCAGUGAUUAACAUGAAA